UGCUGCGUUAGAUGUCAUGAGUACUGGGUGGUUGCCCUGCCCCAAGCCGGGCCUGCCACAUGCUGCGUUACCCACAUGCUGCGUUAGGUGAUGAUUUUAUGAUGAACAGUAGCAUUCGUUUAGAUGCACAAGGCAUGCAUAUGCUGCUACCGGAAAUUAUUGGCGAAAUUACCAAAGUACAAUGCAUGCAUAUGAAGGGCUAUAAAAUGGGAGCAAAUGGGCUACCUCCAAAAGAGGGAGCAGACCAGCGGAGCAAGAGCGCCUUCCAGACUUACAAUGGAAUUGACACGCACAGAAGGAAUGGGUUCACGUCAUGGUCAGGACGGUUUUAUAUCUGUGGAUGUUCCGGCUGAGGGGAGCCAUGAAUCAAACUACAAUUUGAAGCUCGAUGACGCACUCUCUGCGUUCUUCAGCUAUGGAGUCCCUAUGGUGAACUUGUUCCUGGUCCUGUCUUUCUUCGGGAAGAUGCAAUAUCACAAACAAACUAUUGUGUCAAUUUGGAGCAUAUUCUACCUGGUGAGCCUCGUCUUGUCGUUCUUCAUCCAUGUGGCCGGAAUGCAGACCAGUUGGUGGAUACAGCAGGUCGAGUGGCAAUGCAAGAUAGCCUACUGGUCCACCGUCCUGCGAAUGCUCGCUGCUGCCUUCCUACUGCUGUUUUUGGACACCGUCCACGCCGUGGUCGUGGUUCCUCUCUUACUCCUAGUCCUUGCACUAGUCUCCUACUUCUGGUGGCAGACGUUUUACAGCACAUACAGACCUGGUAUGAACUGGGGAAAUUACAUGGCAGAACUGAAGCUCCGAUUUGACUUGUCUGCCCAGGUCGUUUCCAUGGCAUUUGCAGGGCUGUCUGGUACAGUCCUUGGCUACGUGAAGGGCUCGUCAAACCUGACCUAUGGGAACAUUGCAGUGGCACCUGAAUGCUUUUUGUUCUACAGUGUUGUCCUUGGCCUCCUCGUGGUGAUUCUCAGCACGGUGCCGACCCGCAUACUGUUCAUUAAGAACAGACGCCGUAUGGCUAAGGUAUACUUACCCAUCCUCGCCUAUGCCGCACUGCUGUUCCUCGUCGUGGCAAGCAUCGUGGCAGCUGAGAAGAUCCUGCGGGACUAUGUAUUCUUCGUGUUCAUUGCCAUCCUCGUCGUUGCUGUGCUUUUCUUCUGGUGGGAAAACCAUUAUGCUGCAAAUCGGAUUGUUCCAGAAAGACCUGCACACGAAGUCCACCCAACAACUAACACCUUGAGGGAACAAGACGCCAAGCUCUCCCAAUAUCUUCUGGUGUACUUCACUGCGUUGUUCGCAGCACUCAUGGCCAUCCAUUCGAUGUACAGCAUCAAAAGCGGCAGGACCGUAUCAUUGAGCAGGUGGUUAAAAGGCUUUGUGCUCUCAGCGAUGUGUAGCAUCCUGAUCUAUGCGGUCCGCAUUGUGGUUUAUGCUGAGAUGCGAGAUAUGGAAAGCUGGGCAUUCGGUAGAAAGGCAUGGACUUAUGCGACAUAUGCAACCAUGUUCAUCACUUUCGUUUCUGCUGUCCUUGUCAUGUAUCUGCGCCCAGCUGAGGUCACAAAUAUCUUCUGAGCAAUCUGUUUCGCCGGCUGAGGAAAGACAUGGACAUGGCUCUCGUUUGGUCAUCAAGCGUCAAUCUUGGACAUGCACGGAAUAAAUUAUCAUCGUCAAGAACUUAUUAUAUGAUUUUGAAAUCAGCUUUAUCAUUGCUACAUAUAUGAUAAUGCACGGUACUGCAAAUGAUGAUACAUGUGUAACUGAUAUGCUCUAGUCGAUCACGGAGACGGUCAUAUCGCUUCAAUAGUUCUGACCUUUGAAUAAAAUGUUAUUUUGUCUUGAUU